AUGGCACUUUUGCUCCUGCUGGCUUUCUUGACCUGCGUGGACGCCAAAAGCGCGUUCCCGCUCAGAACCUCUUAUAACCUAUACGCCGGCGGGAAUGCGCUCGGGCAAGGUGCUCGAGUUGCCAGCAGACACAGGAAUUGGUGUGCAUACGUGGUGACAAAGACGGUCAGUUGUGUGGUCGAAGAUGGAGUGGAGACAUACGUGAAACCAGAUUACCAUCCUUGCGCCUGGGGCAGUGGUCAGUGCAGCCGCGUGGUCGUCUAUCGUACCUACAUGAGACCCAGGUACAAAGUAGCCUAUAAAAUGGUGACACAGAUGGAGUGGAAGUGUUGCCAGGGUUAUAGUGGUGAUGACUGUAGCAAUGGUCCAACUGGUGGAACAGGGAUAACCAACAGGCCUCUGCCCCAGCCAGGAACUGGACACAGUGGGACAAGUACUAGACAAGGAGGCAUCAACACUGACUUUGGACAGAAUGGAGGAUACAAUGGAAGGGUGGAUAAUGAAAAGAUGAGGCAGCUGGAGGAAAAGAUUCACACCCUGACCAAGACUAUUGAGGACUUGCAAUCUAGCAUGACAUCCAUGAACGAGCACUUUCAGGGAGGGUCCAACAAACCCGGUCUUCAUGGCAACAGUGGUACAUCCUUCGGGGGAAGAAACCCUGCGGAUGCAGCUCAACCAGAGAUUAAAGAGACAAUCCAUAGCAUCCAAACCAAAUUGGAUCAACUUGAUAAUCGCACACAGGCUCAUGAUAAAACGCUUGUAAGUAUCAACAAUCAUCUGGUAAACGGAAAAGGGAAUGAUCUGGAUGGAGGUCUACCAGAAGGAGGAAGUCUGGGUGGAAAAAUUCUAAACUCACUGAAGGAGGAGAUUCUUAAGGAGCUCGAGAGAAGGGUUUCACUAUCAUGCUCAUCAUGUCAGGCUGGUGUGGAGGACCUACAGAGACAACAGCGGGAAGACCGGGAAAGAAUUCGGGCCUUGGAGAAGCAGAUUAAUUCAAUGGAUGUUCGUUAUCGCCAGGGAGUUGAUGGAUUGCGCCGGGAAAUAACCAGUUCAAAAGGAUGCUGUGACACCAUCAAUGACCUCCGAAACCGUGUAACAGAUGCCGAGCGCAAGAUCAGCUCGGCGGCAGAGAACUUUGAUGUCCUGCAGAACCGACUGAACGACAAGCUGAAGGGAGGAAGCGGCAGCAGUAGUAAGGAGGGAGGAUUCAGAGGAGGGGAGACUGGCGCUGAAGGCAGCAGGAGUGGCAGUAGCGGGAAUGUAGUGCUAACUGAGGAGAAACUAAACAAUCGAUUGAAGGAUUUGGAACGUCGGGUCAAUGGGACUAUGGAGCAAACUGAACAAAGCUGUGCAUAUUUGGAAAAUGAUUUGAAGGACUAUUUUCACAGAGAACUAAGUGACCUUCGGACUGUGUUCCUGGACCGCUUUGAUGAUCAGGCCUUCAGGAUCGCAGACGUGGAGCUGGAUGUGGGGCUUGUGAAGCAAAGCGUGAAUGAGCACGACAAGACACUAUCAAAGCUAGAAAACAGAACCUCCCUCCUGAACAGGAAGUUGGAGGAGUGUGGCUGUAGAAGUAUGGGAGGAGGAGGGGAAGCAGGAAGAGGAGGGGGUAAUGCUUUCAAUCCUGGAGGCCAUGGUGACACCACUGGUGGAGCCAGGGGUGGGACUAGAGGUAGCAACGGCGGCAAUAGAGGUAGCACUGGUGGAAGCAAUGGUGGCAUUGGUGGAGAUGAAGGAGUCAGCGACACUGUGGGAGGAGGAGGCUUACCAGGAAUAGGAGAAAGCUUUAAUUCAACAAGGAAAUCAUUGGAAUGGAGAGUAAUAGACAAUGAGAAUCAAAUUAGACACUUCAAUACAAAACUAAAAGACUUGUCCGUGUAUGGAGACUCUCUUAAUGAGAAGGUUGUGGAUCUGAGCCAUGACAUCCGUAAGAUCAAGGAUUUGACCGGUGAUCACGGUGAACACUUUAACCGCAUUGUGACAGAGGUGGAGUUGCUCGGGCAGGAUUGCGAAAUCUGCGGGAGAGUGGAAAAUGAGUUGCGGAAGCUGCGGAAUCAUUCCAAGGAUGCACUGGGCCGCUUGCAGAACCAAAUGAACCGACUUCAGCUGAAUGUGGACUCUGGGGGUGCCUGCAACCAGAUGUGUUCUCACCUGCAAGAUGAAGUUCGUCUUCUGCAAGAGGAUGUCAAACGAUGCACAAAUAAAUGUGGUGGUUCUGGCAGCGCUGGUGCAAAUGCCGGUACCAGGGGAGAUGGGCCACAUUUGGAUGCUGAGCGGCCUUUAGAUGGUCAUAGCGUGAUUGGAGGCUCUAUUAACAACAACCAGAUGAAGACACUCCAGGGUGAAUUGUCUGAGGUCAUACUGACCUUCAGCUCUAUAAAUGACACCCUGAAGGGUCUUGAGCACACUGUUCAGAAACAUGGCAGCGUCAUCACCGACUUGGGAAACACAAAGGAUAAGAUUAUCUCUGAAUUGGACAAGAUACAACAGGAGGUGACAGAACACAUUGAGGAAAGUCGGGACCGGCUGGAUGGGAUGGACGGAGAUGUCAGACGCUUUGAGAGCACGAUGCUGGUAGAAAUGGGAGACUGUAAGAGAUCGGGUGAUGGGCUGGAGAAAAGGCUAUCAAAACUUGAAGGAGUAUGUGGAAGGUUGGAUGGAGUCUAUGACUCAAUCCACAAGAUAAAGGAAGGACUGAACCAACAUGUAUCGAGCUUGUGGACUUGUUUUUCGGGUCUGAACAACUCAAUCAUCCAUCAUGGAGGAAUCCUAGACUUUGUACAGGACAACCAGGAUGAUAUUCAGAGCCGGAUAAAGAACCUCAAUGCAAGCUUGAACCACAUCUUAAAAGAUAAGCAGAGGUUCACAGACCACGCCCUACCUGGCCAUCCUGGGCCUCCAGGUGAGAGAGGCUUGAAUGGGCUGCCUGGUCCGCAAGGGCCACCUGGACCUUCGGGGAGACCUGGAGAAAGCGGAGCACGUGGGCUACCAGGUCCCAAGGGAGAAGCAGGAUUGCCAGGUGCUGAUGCUCAUUUACCCAAACUGUCCUUCUCUGCUGCACUUACUGCCCCCAUGGAAAGAGCAGGAACCAUAAUCUUUGACAAGAUCUUUGUUAAUGAAGGUGACUUCUAUGACCCCAGAACUGGUAUUUUCACUGCCCCAGUUGAUGGACACUACUUUUUCAGCGCCAUCCUAACAGGUCACAAGAAUGAGAAGAUAGAGGCAGUUCUUUCUAAAUCCAACUAUGGCAUGGCCCGCGUAGAUUCAGGCGGCUAUCAGCCUGAGGGUCUGGAGAACAAUCCUGUGGCCGAAGUAAAAACCUCUCCAGGCUCUCUAGCUGUUUUCAAUAUCAUUUUGCCCCUGCAGACUCGGGACACAGUCUGCAUUGACUUGGUAAUGGGAAAACUGGCCCACUCUGUGGAACCACUUACCAUCUUUAAUGGGAUGCUGCUCUAUGAAGAUAUGUGA